UGCCCCUGCUUUGCCGUGAAAAGAGAGCGAGAAAGCAAAUCCGGCAAAAUAUGGCGUUGCAGCUCUUAAAGCUUCCCAUAAACAUUUUCUCACUCUGUUUCAAGGGCAGCCCAAGCUUGUACUUCCUAUCUCACCCCAACUCUCAAAAGCUUUCUGUGAGAUGGGUCAGAGCCCAAAUUCACAGUCCCUUUAGAAGCUAUGCUGUUGCAAAGUCUGGAAAGAUUCAACCACCAAAGAAGAGAAAGAGGCUGGAUGAGAUAUGUCUUGAAAGGUUUCAACAAUACAGCCGAACAUUUAUUCAAUCAUGGAUCUUACAAGGCAAAGUGUUUGUUGAUGGAAAGGUGGUGAACAAAGCUGGAACACCUGUCUCUGAAAAAGCUGUUGUACAGAUAAAGGCUGAAGUUCCAAAAUAUGUAUGUAGAGCAGGAUAUAAGUUAGAGGCUGCAAUUGAGCAGCUAGGAGUUGAUGUUUCUGGUAAAGUAGUUCUUGAUUCAGGGUUGUCCACAGGAGGUUUUACGGACUGCUUGCUUCAGUAUGGUGCAUCAUUUGUUUACGGAGUUGAUGUAGGUUAUGGGCAGGUGGCUGAAAAAAUUCGACGAGAUGAUCGUGUUUCUGUGAUAGAAAGGACAAAUUUGAGAUACCUUUCUGAACUCCCCCAAAAAGUUGAUUUGGUCACUUUGGACCUUUCAUUCAUUUCAAUACUCUUGGUCAUGCCUGCUGUAGUCAAUGUGAUGAAGGAGGAGGCAAGCUUAGUUACCUUGGUUAAGCCUCAAUUUGAAGCUCGAAGAUCACAAGUAGGAGGUGGUGGGAUAGUGAGAGAUCCUGUAGUCCAUCAAGAGGUUCUCGACAAGAUCAUAAAGGGUGUAGAGAAUUUUGGAUUCUGCAGCAAAGGGUGGAUUGAGUCUCCAUUAAAGGGUGCCGAGGGUAAUACAGAAUUUCUGGUCUACUUUAGCCGGACAGCUACGAGAAAUGCGAAUUGAUUUUGUAUCCUCAUCGUACAAAUUGGGUUAGACUGCUGAAAAUUGUGCGACUUUUAAGGGACAAGUUCCUCCGGGAUAGAGUUUUCCUCCAAGUCAGUUUGAAGGGACUUUCUCCAAUUUUCUAGGUGGCAAAUUAGUAGACUAUCCAUCUGUGCUUUAGUGCAUCAUCUGCUUAUUAAAUGGGUCGUUUGAUCAGUAGCCCACACAUGGAUAAUCUUCAGGAUUGCCAUUUGAAGAAAUUUUUCCGAGAGGAAAACUUUGCCAUGUCCUAUUACAGUCUCAUCAUAUUUACGGGAAUUUGUCCUUACAAGAAUUUGCCCCCUUAGAAUUUCACGAUCUUACAAUCUGGGUGACAUGUUUCAAUUGCAUUUAUCAAUUGGUUGGA